CACCACCAAUCACCCCUUCACAGAAUCUAAAAACCAUUUCCUUUCAUCUCUUCUCACACACACACACCACACGCAGCCAUGUCGCUCACCAUUCCCACCAACCUCUCCAAGCCCGCCGCCCUCCGCCCCAAGCUAAGCCCAAGACCGCGGCCCACCAUCGUCUGCACCACCAAUGCCAACAGCCCGGACACCACAGAUCUCAAGGCCUUCUCCGCGGCGCUCGCCCUCUCCUCCAUCCUCCUCUCGGCGCCGCUCCCCGCCGCCGCGGACAUCUCGGGCCUGACGCCGUGCAAGGAGUCGAAGCAGUUCGCCAAGCGCCAGAAGCAGUCGAUAAAGAAGCUGGAGUCGUCGCUGAAGCUGUACGCGCCGGACAGCGCGCCGGCGCUGGCGAUAAAGGCGUCGGUGGAGAAGACGAAGCGGCGGUUCGACAACUACGCGAAGCAGGGGUUGCUGUGCGGCGGCGAUGGGCUUCCGCACCUGAUCGUGAACGGGGACCAGAGGCACUGGGGCGAGUUCAUCACGCCGGGGUUCCUGUUCCUGUACAUCGCGGGUUGGAUCGGGUGGGUGGGUCGGAGCUACUUGAUUGCGAUCAGGGACGAGAAGAAACCGACGAUGAAGGAGAUCAUCAUCGACGUCCCUCUGGCCUCGCGUCUUCUCUUCCGUGGCUUCAGCUGGCCCGUUGCUGCCUACAGAGAGCUCAUCAACGGUGACCUCGUUGCCAAGGAUGUUUAAGAUGAAGCGUGGGCGAUGGAUGGAAUUGGAAUAUGUUUCUGCGCUCAUUUUCUAAUUAUUUUUUAAUGCUACAUCAUUAAUGUAAUGUAAUCUAAAAUAAUUUUAAUUAUAUAAUUCGAACUAGUUAUUUCUGUUA